AUGCCGUUAUCUCCCUCUUGUGGGCUGCUUCUCGCCUUCGCCUGCCACCUCGUCACCGCUCAGAGACUGGCACCAGUGGGGGGAGACGUGGCGCCCCAGAUGCUCCGGGAGAUGAAGGAGACCAAUUUGCUGCUGCAGGAGGUGCGGGAGCUCCUGAAACAGCAGAUUAAAGAAAUCACCUUCCUGAAGAACACGGUGAUGGAGUGUGAUGCUUGUGGCAUGCAGCCCGUGAGUAGCCCGUGGACAAGCGUGCGGCCGCUGAGCCGCUGUGAGCCCGACUCCUGCUUCCCUGGCGUCACCUGCACCGACACCCCGGGAGGCGGCUUCCGCUGUGGGCCCUGCCCUCCAGGCUACUCCGGCAACGGAUCCCAUUGCACCGACGUGAACGAGUGUAACGCGCACCCCUGCUACCCCCGGGUCCGCUGCAUCAACACUAGCCCGGGAUUCCGCUGUGAAGACUGCCCCCCUGGAUACAGCGGGCCCGCCCACGAGGGCGUGGGCCUGGCUUUUGCCAAGGCCAACAAGCAGGUUUGCACUGACAUCAAUGAGUGUGAGACUGGCCAGCACAACUGUGUCCCCAACUCUGUGUGCACCAACACUCGGGGAUCCUUCCAGUGUGGGCCCUGCAAGCCAGGCUUUGUGGGGGAUCAGGCCUCUGGCUGCCGGAGACGGGCCCAACGGAUGUGUCCUAAUGGGGAGCCCAGUCCCUGUCACGAAAAUGCUGACUGUAUCCUGGAGAGAGACGGCUCCACCUCAUGUGUGUGUGCCGUGGGCUGGGCGGGCAAUGGGCUCAUAUGUGGUAAGGACACUGACCUGGACGGCUUUCCAGACGAGAAGCUUCGGUGCCCAGACAGGAAGUGCCGAAAGGAUAACUGCCUAAAGGUGCCCAACUCUGGCCAAGAGGACGUGGACAAAGAUGGCAUUGGGGACGCCUGUGACCCAGACGCUGAUGGAGAUGGCGUCCUAAAUGAGCAGGAUAACUGCGUCCUGGUCCGGAAUCCAGACCAGCGAAAUACGGAUGAAGACAAAUGGGGCGACGCCUGUGACAACUGUCGUUUGGAGAAGAAUGACGACCAGCGGGAUACGGACCGGGAUGGCCGAGGAGACGCCUGUGACGAUGACAUCGAUGGGGACCGGAUCCGGAAUGCUGCCGACAAUUGUCCAAGGAUCCCCAACCCAGACCAACGGGACAGUGAUAGAGAUGGGGUGGGAGAUGCUUGUGAUAACUGUCCACAAAAAAGCAAUGCUGACCAGAAAGAUGUGGAUCAUGACCUAGUAGGGGACGCGUGUGACAGUGACCAGGACCAGGAUGGUGAUGGGCACCAGGACUCUCGGGACAACUGCCCCACGGUGCCCAAUAGCUCACAGCAGGACACCGAUAAGGACGGGCAGGGGGAUGACUGUGACGAUGAUGAUGAUAAUGAUGGAAUCCCAGACAGCCGUGCCCCAGGGCCGGACAAUUGUCGCCUUGUCCCCAACCCGAACCAGGAGGAUGCUGACGGUGAUGGCGUAGGUGACGUGUGUCAGGAUGACUUUGAUGCCGACAAGGUCGUGGACAAGAUCGACGUGUGCCCGGAGAACGCAGAGGUCACCCUCACGGACUUCCGCGCCUUCCAGACUGUUGUUUUGGACCCCGAAGGAGACGCGCAGAUAGACCCCAACUGGGUGGUUCUUAACCAGGGGAUGGAGAUCGUGCAGACGAUGAACAGUGACCCAGGACUGGCUGUGGGCUACACAGCCUUCAAUGGCGUAGACUUCGAAGGCACGUUUCACGUGAACACCCUCACAGAUGAUGACUAUGCCGGCCUCAUCUUUGGAUACCAGGACAGUUCCAGCUUCUAUGUGGUCAUGUGGAAACAGAUGGAACAGACAUACUGGCAGGCAAACCCCUUCAGAGCUGUGGCUGAACCUGGUAUCCAGCUCAAGGCGGUGAAGUCGUCCACGGGCCCCGGAGAGCAGCUGAGGAAUGCCCUCUGGCACACGGGGGACACAAAUGAUCAGGUGAAGCUCCUCUGGAAAGACCCAAGGAACGUGGGCUGGAAGGACAAGACAUCCUAUCGAUGGUUCUUGCAGCACAGGCCACAAGUGGGCUACAUCAGGGUCCGCUUUUACGAGGGGCCUGAGCUUGUGGCUGACAGUAACGUGGUGCUGGACACAACCAUGAGAGGAGGCCGGCUUGGCGUCUUCUGCUUUUCCCAGGAAAACAUUAUUUGGGCCAAUCUCCGUUACCGAUGUAAUGACACCAUUCCAGAGGACUAUGAGGCCUAUCGUCUGCAACACAACUAA